AUGUCAUUAUCUGGAAUUGUAAAAUCAAGCCAUGUUUCUGUGAUAGCUAUAACAGAUGGUUUGACUGGUUCCAAUGGUUUAAACAGUGCCAUGAGUCGUAUAUUACCCAGUACAGGGCAAACUCAGGCACACAUAACAAGUCCAUAUGGCUCAACGGCUACAAGACGCAACCAUGGAGGCGUUGAUCUUAACUAUAACGUUGGACAAAGCGGUAUCAAUCUAAAACACCCUACUGUUCACUCUCCUGUCAAUGGCAAAGUGACCUUCGUCGGAGGCCAGUAUGGGACUAUCAAAAUUCAAGAUGCCCAUCGUGUCAGUCACGAGAUAUUACAUACCAAUAGUCAAAAUGUACGAGUAGGAAGUUCAGUCAGAGCCGGUGAACCAAUUGGUACUAUGGGCGGGGUCGGCCCUAGGGGCCGCAAUCAAUAUCCUCAACAUGUACACUAUCAAAUUAAAGAAAACAACAAACCUGUGAAUCCGCAGACAUGGUGGAGUCAAAAUUCCGGUUAA